UAGUUAAAGGGACCUUUUACGUUUUGGUAAAUUGACAAAAGAUGUCCUGUUGUUGUUGUUGUUGUUGUACAUCAAGUGAUUUUUGUGGUGGCAGCGGUUAAUGACCGGGCGCAUGCCCAAGGGAAGUGACUGAUGUGAGGAGUUUGCUGCGGAGGGUAUUAUUGUUCAUGGGACUUCGGUAUUAUUAUAUUGACGGUGUAAGCGUUAUGAACAGUUUCAGUGUUCAUUUUGCCCAGGCAAGUUCUGAUGCGGCUGUAGGAAAAUUAUGUAUAAAACAAGCGUGUAUUAAUACUGUUUGCUCGCGUACAUCAUGGUGGUGGUAGUGACAGCAGGACUCUGUAUAAUACUGUUGACAUUGUGUACACAUGCUAGCGAGUUUGACCGCACAAAAGUCGACGGCUUCAUAAAUAGCUUCAUAGGAUGCCGCACGAAUAAGAACCCCGGUCUGGCGGCGUCCGCGGUUAAGGACGGCCAUGUGGUGUUUGCCGACGGUUACAACGUGUCCGACACGAUGACCAGACGACCGGUGACCAACCAAACGCUGUUCGGAAUAGCCUCCAUGUCAAAGGCGUUCGCAGCUGCUCUCAUGGUCAAACAGCUACGGGACCGAAAAUUGUCCUUACACACCAAACUAAGUGACCUACUCCCGGAAGGGUUCCAGUUUAGCGCGCGCGAGUUCACACAAUACGCAACUAUCCGUGACCUCAUGACCCACUGUCUCGGCGUGCCGCCCAAUCAGAUGAUACGCCUGGACAAGACUCUUACGCGAAAAAAGGCGGCGAGCAACAUGCAUUAUGACAUUGUGUCGUAUUUGAGCGAGGUGUUGGGCGGAAAAUCAUGGGAGAACCUCAUACGAGAGAACUUCUUCGUCCCACUAGGCAUGAUUCACUCUGACUUUCUCUCAACUGUCAACCGAACGGCUUACGACGUUGCUCAUGGUUACGUCAAGGAUGCGUUGAACGGAGGACUGAUUCAAGUUCCUGAAGAACUUAAUAAACACUGCACCGUGUACAUCGGUUCUAAUGGUAUCAUGAGCUGUUCGGAAGACCUCACCAAGUGGAUGCUCAUGCAGCUAGGGGACGGGCGCAGUCAGAGCGGGGCGGAAGUGCUGCGCGCCAGUGACCUUCGACAGACGCACAUCCCACAGACAGUCAUCCAAAGUUCCACUGUAGAGAAGAACUUCCAUCGGCCGCUGGCUUCAUUCACUGUCACAGAGACGGGCUACGCGUUUGGAUGGAAGACUGGACAUUACAAAGGAUAUCAGAUGUUACGUCACACCGGGACGACGUUUGGUUACUCGUCGCUGGUAACGUUGCUGCCUGACGUCAAUAUCGGCGUGUUCACCACCAUGACGGGAUACGACAAUGGAUAUAUCGGCAGAACACUGCUACAUAGUUAUCUUCUAGACGUCUUGCUAGGCGAGGAACCUUCCAUCAACGAAACGACCGUGUGCUCGUAUCCGGAGCCCUGGUACCCGGACAAGCACUCCACGCCCAAACCGAUCAAUAAGAGGAUAGCACCGGGCCGGGCACUGUCCCAGUUAUGCUUUACAUCACAGCUGGAGUACGGCAUAGGCCAAUGGCUGCUCUACCCGACCCGCAAGCAGGACACGUUCGUAGCCGAGGCGUUCGGACUUCUGUACAAGAUCAAGGACAUGCGAACUGGCUUGCGCUUCCACAUGGACACGCCGUCUCCAGUCACGCUGGUGAUACCGAGCUUCGAGACUUUGGACCCACCAGUCUUUGAGAGAAUCUCCAACGGUGAAGCUAGUACCCGAGGAACAUAGCCUAGUGGCAUUGCACUUAUGAACUAUUGCUCAGCGGUAGCUGUCCUUUGAGUUUAGUAAUAUUGCCCGAGCCGAUUUUGUAGUUUGCAGUGCCACGAAUCUAUGUAAAAAAAAAUGCUUUGUCAUGCCACGGAUUAUUAAUAUAUAUUUCUAUAAUAUACAUGUAUUUUGAAAUAAAGAACUUAGAGACAUGUA